CUCAUCUUAGUAGAAGACCCUCGGUAGAUCCAGCCGCCCCGCCAGCUACGCGGAGGCCGCACGAUUUCAUCAUUAAUGCUCCUGAAGGACAAUAGCUCAUCAAGCCACACCGAAAGCCCCGGACCCGUCGCGGAGACUGGGCUGGCGGGGGAUGAGGCUGAGCGACUCCUCCUAGAGGUGGUUAUGUGGAGAAGGAGCAAUCCCUUCUCCCUCCUCCUCCUCCCCCCGCUACUAUCCGCGGCCCGGAGAACUGCCGCUUGCCGCCAUUGACACGCACAGAUAGAGCCCAAAGAAAGGCAAAGAGUUCUGCCCGGCACCGGCGCUGCGCGGGCCGAACCUGCGCCCGAGAAGGGGCGCGCAGAGGGCACCGGGCGCCGGGAGCAGGCGGGGCAGCACCAGCAUUCUGUUAGUGCCAGGAGGCCACGGUGUCAGCAAGCUGAGAGGGAAAGUAAGGCAAGAUGUCAGGCCGGAGUGGGAAGAAGAAAAUGUCCAAGCUGUCCCGUUCAGCCAGGGCUGGCGUCAUCUUCCCGGUGGGAAGGCUGAUGCGUUACCUGAAGAAAGGGACCUUCAAGUAUCGGAUCAGCGUGGGCGCUCCUGUCUACAUGGCAGCGGUCAUCGAGUACCUGGCAGCGGAAAUUCUGGAACUGGCUGGGAAUGCCGCAAGGGACAACAAGAAAGCUCGGAUAGCCCCAAGACACAUCCUACUGGCGGUCGCCAAUGAUGAGGAGCUCAACCAGCUGCUGAAGGGAGUGACCAUUGCCAGUGGGGGCGUCCUGCCCAGAAUUCACCCUGAACUGCUGGCCAAAAAGCGAGGGACCAAAGGCAAGUCUGAAACGAUCCUCUCCCCUCCCCCAGAGAAAAGAGGAAGGAAGUCCACAUCGGGCAAGAAGGGGGGCAAGAAAUCCAAGGCUGCCAAACCACGGACAUCCAAAAAGUCCAAACCAAAAGACAGCGAUAAAGAAGGAGCUUCAAGUCUCACCUCUGAAGACGGCCCAGGGGAUGGAUUCACCAUCCUGUCAUCGAAGAGCCUUGUUCUAGGGCAGAAGCUCUCUCUGACUCAGAGUGACAUCAGCCAUAUUGGCUCCAUGAGAGUGGAAGGCAUCGUCCACCCAACCACAGCUGAAAUUGACCUCAAGGAAGACAUAGGUAAAGCUUUGGAAAAGGCUGGGGGGAAAGAGUUCCUGGAAACAGUCAAGGAGCUCCGUAAAUCCCAGGGCCCUUUGGAAGUUGCUGAAGCUGCCGUCAGCCAAUCCAGUGGCCUAGCUGCCAAAUUUGUUAUCCACUGUCACAUCCCUCAGUGGGGUUCUGACAAGUGUGAAGAACAGCUUGAGGAGACCAUCAAAAACUGCUUGUCGGCGGCAGAGGACAAGAAGCUAAAGUCUGUUGCGUUCCCACCUUUCCCCAGUGGCAGGAACUGCUUUCCCAAACAGACUGCAGCCCAGGUCACCCUCAAGGCAAUCUCAGCCCACUUUGACGACUCCAGUGGGUCCUCGCUGAAGAAUGUUUACUUCCUGCUCUUCGACAGCGAGAGCAUCGGCAUCUACGUGCAGGAGAUGGCCAAGCUGGACACCAAGUAGCCGCGUGGCUGGCUUGGCCGGCAGGAAGCGAAAGAGGAUGGAUUCAGUCACGAGAGUGGGGUUUUAUUUUUCACAAGAAGUGUAGAGGG